CUCUCUCGCUGCUAACAUGGCCCUGCUGAAGUCCCGGCUCCUUGUUGGAGUGGCUCGAUGCCAGCCCUGCUUGGCUGCUGUGCAAGGCAGAGCCAGCUCGUGGUGGUCUCAUGUUGAGAUGGGCCCACCUGAUCCAAUUCUGGGUGUCACAGAGGCUUUUAAACGUGACACUAACUCCAAAAAGAUGAACCUGGGUGUGGGAGCUUACCGGGAUGACAAUGGCAAACCUUAUGUCCUAAGCAGUGUGCGUAAGGCUGAAGCUCAGUUGGCAUCCAAAAAUCUGGACAAGGAAUAUCUCCCCAUUGGAGGCUUGGCAGAGUUUGCUCGGGCAUCAGCACAGUUGGCACUUGGUGAAAACUGUGACGCUAUUCAAAGUGGAAGGUUUAUUACUGUACAGACCAUUUCUGGAACAGGAUCACUUCGGGUUGGAGCCAACUUCUUGCAAAGGUUCUACAAGUACAGCCGUGAUGUUUACCUGCCAAAACCAUCCUGGGGCAAUCACACACCAAUAUUUCGUGAUGCUGGGUUAGAGGUGAAGGGUUACCGAUAUUACGAUCCCAAGACUUGUGGAUUUGAUUUUACUGGUGCACUGGAUGACAUCUCUAAAAUCCCAGAACAGAGCAUCAUCUUAUUCCAUGCCUGUGCUCAUAAUCCUACAGGCGUAGACCCCAAGCAGGAGCAGUGGAAAGAGCUGGCAGCCUUGAUCAAGAGUCGACGUCUUUUCCCAUUCUUUGACAUGGCUUACCAAGGAUUUGCUAGUGGAGACACUAAUAGAGAUGCCUGGGCUGUCCGCCACUUCAUUCAGGAGGGAAUCAAUGUAGUACUUUCUCAGUCCUAUGCCAAGAACAUGGGAUUGUAUGGUGAACGUGUGGGUGCAUUCACUGUGGUUUGCAGUGAUGCUGAGGAGGCAAAACGAGUGGAGUCCCAGCUAAAAAUUCUGAUCCGCCCCAUGUAUUCCAACCCUCCACUGAAUGGAGCACGGAUAGCAGCAGCUAUUUUGACCCAGCCUGACCUGCGCAAGGAAUGGCUCCAGGAGGUCAAGGGAAUGGCUAACAGAAUUAUCAGCAUGCGGGAACAGCUGGUUUCCAACCUAAAAAAAGAAGGAUCCAUCCACAACUGGCAGCACAUCAGUGACCAGAUUGGCAUGUUCUGCUUUACAGGCCUUCGGCCAGAGCAGGUAGAACGUCUCAUCAAGGAAUUCUCCAUCUAUAUGACUAAGGAUGGCCGUAUUUCUGUUGCUGGAGUAACAUCAGCAAAUAAUGGUUACCUUGCUCAUGCUAUUCACCAGGUCACCAAAUGAGACAAAAAAAGACAUCUCUAGCAAGCUGCCCUCUUUAAGCACCUUGACAACCAGACCCCAGAAGCACUUAAUAUUAAUGUCCCAGAGCUUAGCAUAUUUGUGUCUCACUCCUCAUAGAACUGCUAGAUAUCCCAGAAUGCAUUUGUGCAGAGAACUUGUUGGUCCUUCCAUGAAGAACUGUCACCUAAAACAUUCAUCCUUUUGAUUCUAUUUGUGAUCAUUAGAUGGAGGCUUCUUCCCUCAUUUAAAAAAAAAAAAAAAAA